CUUGUGUCCACCUUCCUAUGGAGUUUUUAUUGUUCUAUAAUAAUUAUCAUAUAAGUAUAUUAUUAUGUAACGAAAAAAUAAUGGCCUUCCCUUCUCUUCCCAAAUAAAAAUCGUGAUGGACGGAACAUCAAUUUUUUUUUUCCCAUUUUCUUGGUAGCGAACCAGAGUGGUGGUUGUCCUGCAGGCUCCUUAAAAAAAAAAAAGGACAUCCUAAUAGUCAAUGAAGUUUACUCUUGUGUUUGUAAAAUGGUCGAUGAAUCUUGUGGACAUGUAUCGUCCAAGAAUUGCCCCCAGUAGUACACGCUACACGUGAUAAUUGCUUUCCUCAUGCACGGGCAAGCUGAUUUAAGUACUGAAACGGAUUUGCUAUGUAAAACAUUCUUUUCUUAAAUUUAUAAUCACAAAAUUGGUUCUCUAUAUAAACCCACGGCCUAAAUUCCAUCAAUCGUCCCUCAUCAACUUUCCAAGUUCUCUUGUUCUAAUUAAGCUUUAGUUAGUAGUUAAAUAUAAGUUUUCGGAGACACUGAUUGUGAGGAAUGGCUAACUUAGCACAAAAACACUUCUUCAAUUCUCUCCAACUCGCAGCUACUGGUCAAAAUCGUCGUUUUCAUGUAAAAUUCCGUGUCGUUUCUGCUGCAAACUCAACCACAACACCGUCUUCAACCGCUGACGCCGCGGGACUAUCACACAAUGAUAAUAGUCGACAUAAGCUGCAGCCAUCGAGAAAACGAUCAUCCCACGAAUAUCACACGUCUCCCAACUGGGAUUUCAACCUUCUUCAGUCCCUCCAACAUAACUACGCGGUAAUCAUCUCGAAUUAUUUUCACCGAAAUCUUUUUUUUUUUUUGUUUUUUGUUCCUUCCCUUUUUGGUACAAAUGCAUGAGUACAUAAAUGAAACCAAGUUGAAGGCAAGAUUAAUGGGUUUCUAGUUUAAUGUUUUCUUUUAUAUAACUAUUGAAUUUGUUAUAGUUUUGUGUGUUGCAUAGGGGCAAUCAUUAAAAAUUCUUUUGCAUAUUUUACGUGACGCGAAAUGAUUUGAUGGGUUCAGGGAGAAGAGCAAAUGAAACGAUUCGAAGUACUGAAGGAAUUAGUGAGGUUAAUGCUGGACGCAGAAGAAGUGGAGCUUAUCCAUCGACUGGAAUUAAUUGAUAACUUGGAAAGGCUUGGGAUUUGUUACCACUUUGAACCAAGAAUCCUAUCCAACUUAUCCAGAAUCCACAGCCGAGACCCUACUAAUGAGCAGCAAGACCUUUAUUCAAAGGCACUUGAAUUUAAACUCCUCCGACAGCACGGAUUCGAUGUCUCUCCAGAUGUUUUUGAUGCUUUUAAAGAUGAGAAAGGGACUUUCACAACAAGUCUUCUGAGGGAUCCCAAGGGAAUGCUAUACUUGUAUGAAGCUUCACACCUUCAAUUAACAAAUGAUGAAACCAACUUAGAAAUGGCCAGACAGUUCACGGCCAAAUAUCUUAAGAAGCAAUUGGACGAAAAUGGAUUUGAUGACAAAGAACCAACACUUGCUGAGUUAGUACAACAUUCCUUGGAGAUUCCACAGCAUUGGAGGAUGAAGCGUUUGGAGUCACGAUGGUUUUUGGACUUGUACGAGAAAAGCCCUAACAUGAAUCCCAUUCUUCUUGAGCUUGCAAAAAUUGAUUUUAACAUUGUUCAGAAAUCAUAUCAAGAUGAACUCAAACACGUAUCCAGAUGGUGGAGGAAUACAGGAAUGGGAGAAGAAUUGAAUUUCGCGAGGGACAUAUUGGUGGAGAACUUCUUAUGGAAUGUAGGAUUUGUUUGGAAACAUGAACAAGGAUAUUCUAGGAUUAUGGGAACCAAGGCUGUUAUCUUCAUAACCAUGUUAGACGACCUAUAUGAUACUUAUGCUAAUUUGGAGGAACUGGAACUCUUCACUUCUGCGAUCCAAAGGUGGGAUGUCAACUCAGUGAAUGAGCUUCCGGGGUACAUGAAACAAUUGUUUCUUGCCCUCCAUAGCUUUAUUAAUGAAGCUGCUUAUUUUGCACCAAAAGGACAAGGAGUAAAUCUCGUUCCAUACUUGACCAAAUCAUGGGCAGAUUUAUGUGGAGCGUAUUUACGAGAAGCAAAGUGGUAUUUCAAGAAAUACGUACCCACGUUUGAAGAGUAUUUAAACAAUGCAUGGAUCUCAGUGGCAGCUCCUCUAGCAAUAACCCACGCUUACGCUUUCACUGUCAAUUCGGUGGAAAACAAUGACUUAGAAGCCAUUCACAACUAUGAAAAUAUUAUUCGUUCGUCGGCAAUGAUUUUACGGCUUACUAACGACUUAGGCGAAUCCCCCUUAACGGAAAAGCUAAAAAGUGAUGACGUGCCUAAAUCCAUAGAGUGUUACAUAAAGGAGAAUGGAGCAUCUGAAGAAGAAGCACGAGAACACAUACAAUCGUUGGUGAAUGAUGCAUGGAAGGAGAUGAAUACGUAUCAAAUUACGGACACUUUCAUGUCGAAAAAUCUCAAACAAAUUGCAAUUGAUAUGGCUCGAGCUGGACAUUAUAUGUACCAUCACGGAGACGGCCACGGCCAUCAAAAUUCCAACAUGGCUCAUCACAUUGCUACUCUAUUUUUUCAGCCUAUUUGUUCUUUUUAAUUCUAUCUUUGUAAUUUAGGAGAGUAGCUAGGAGACCUGAUUAAUUGUUGGUAAGUGAAUUUAUUCUAAGUGUGGAACAUUAUUACGACAACCAUGCAUCGGUGUUAGGUUUGAGAUCUUCUUAAAUGGUAUGAUAAUGAUUUACACUGUUCUGUCCCAAUCUUCCUGCAUGAAGAAAACGAAGUUCACCAACUUGAUUGUAUGGG